AUUAGAUCCAACAUGGCGAUCGUCUUUUCUCUUUUGUACUAGUUCCGGAGCAUAUAUUUGAUUUUAUUCGGGUUGUUAUUUAUGUUGUCGCAGUUUUCUGACGAUCGUGCACAUCUCUAGAAAGAUACAUCAAGUACUUUGUAUGAUUGAAGACGUCACAAAGACACUCAACUCAUUCGUAUUUUGGAUUUUUAAUGAAACAAUUUGAUUUUUUAAUGUGAGAAACACUUCGCAAGAUGCCAAGGUACGGGACCAAAACGUACAGCCGUAAAGGCAAGGACUCAGUUACCAGUAACGAUUUUGAUGACAUAUUCACUGAAAGCGGCAAAAAAGGUAAUAUGCCGACAAAAACUGCAUCUACACACCAGCGAUGGGGUAAUAUGACAUAUACAAGCAGUCGUUUGACGAGAAAAACUGCUUCGGAAAUGCAAGCAAGAGAGGAACAGCCCCAGCCAAUGGUGUCUCCGAAACGGAGGCGACUCACUGAUGAUUCAGGAGACCCCUUCAGCUUUGAGAGUGAUGAUGAAAGAGUGUCACCUAGGAGGAAGAACAGACAACCCCCUCCAGAGAGCCCUCAAAGAAGAAGUCAGAUGAUGAGCGAUAAAAGUAAAGUGCUAACCAAUCUUAAGCAAGGUCUACGUUCUAGCGCUGAGAAUACAAAAAUUAAUCUCACAACUUCAAUUCACAAGGUGGAAAAAGAGAUCGUCACCAGCAAAGCCAAAGCAUCAAGUUCAAAACCAAAACCGCCUGCUAAAGUUGCUGAGCUGAGAUCCAAAAAUAUUGAUUCAAAGUCAAAGGUUGUACUUGCCGACGCAAAAUCAAAGAGUAUGGAUUUAAAUGUGCGACCCACUGACCCAAGGUCAAAGGUAUUGGAUACAAAGCUGAAGGUUGUGGAUAAAAAAGUUGAUGUGUCAGCAAAGAUCAUGGAAACAAAGGCGAAAGUUUUGGAUAAAAAAUUCAAACCUGCUGACUCAGGCUUAAACGUUGUAGAGACAUUGUCUAAAUUUAUCGGGGAAAAAUCUACGAGUGAUGUCACAUCCAAGACACUUGGCAAUAAGCUUUUACAUUCUUCAAAAGAAGCAGUGUCACUCAGUAUCGAAACAAAGGUUGGGGAGACCAAUUCUAAAAGACUGGAUUCAAAAUCAAAAACAAAAUCAGAGCUUAUUAACAAGUUUUCUUCAAAGCACAAGUUUGUUGCUAGUAAUAAAUGCGUUUCCAACUCUAACAGUUAUGAUCUUAUAACCAUUCCCAUGGAAUCUAUUAUCUCAGUGAAGCCCAAGAGACAGGUUACUCUUGAUAGAUUUACACACAAGCCAGCCAAAGAACUGGACGGCAUUAGGACCCAAGAGGAGCAUGCCUAUGCACAGAAAUCGCCACCAAAAGAGAAAACACAGGGUAUAAUGCACCUUAUGGAGGAAGAACAUGCAUAUGCACAAAAGCCACUGCCAAAUAAAAUGGAAGAGGAACAUGCAUAUGCCCAAAGACCACAGAAACAGUGUAUUAUAUUAAAUCCAACAGAUUACAGGACUAAUUCUCAUGCAAAAGCCAACUCCAAGCAAGUGAACAGCAAUUCUAUGGCUAAAACAAAUUCUCAGAAAUCAAGUUCUGGACUUAAAACUCUUUCGAAUCCUGGUUCCAAAACUUCAACACAUUCUGUGACUACAGUGAAAACGACGAUGACUAAAAGUCUGCCACGGACCAGCUCUGCACCUUCUAUGUCAUCAUUAACAUCAGCCAGUCAUAACUCAGGGAAAGAUGCGUACGAUUUUGAUGAUGCUGAUGACGACUUUGUCGGAACUGUCAAGCGAGUGAAAGUAAUGAAAACUUACAGCAGGCAUGGGUCAUCAUCGUCACUGAAGCUUUCUGGAAAUGCAGGGGGAAGUCAAAUACUUGCGUCAUCACAAACCAGCACAGGAAGUACGGCACUGUCCCCGUCCCCGUCAUCCUCACAGUCAUCCACACAGUCAUCAACACAGGAUACGUAUAAAUUUGAUGACUCAGAUGACAGCGAUACGUGUAUACCAAGUUCCAGUGCCGAUGAGCAAAUUAUUAGAAAGGUCCGGCCUAUGAGGACAAAUCGAUUCAAUACGUUCACAUCCUCCAUAUCAGGUAGUAAAAUAAAGAAGAAUUUAACUGAGCAAAAACCAAGUCCAAAAAAGACUCCAACGAAAGCUGUUUACAAUGCUAGACCAUGGCAGGCUAACACAAAAACUGUAACAGAAAACGAUUCGGAAGAUGAAGAGGACACCUUGUCGGAACUAAAUAAUCCAGUGCCAUCGACAUCGAGUCCAGGUCUUGUGAGAUCGGUAUCCUAUCCAACAAAGCUGUAUGAUGAUGCUGUCACAUCAAUUAAGUGCAAUAAGCAAGCAAAACCACUAUAUACAGUUGUGAAGCAUGUGAAACAGGCACAUCAGUGCCAGGAAAUUGGAGAAAGCCAGCAGUUUAUUGACGAUAUAGAAUAUCUACUGGAUGGUCUAAAUGAUACGGAAACCAUGGCAACAAGAUGCCUUAGUGCUGUUGAAUUGGCUGGUAAAUGUGCUGUGUCGUCAUUUCGUAUGCAUCUCAGAGCACAUGGCAUGGCCGCAAAGAUAUUUACUGCUGUUCAUGAUGCUGCUACAAAUCCAAGUUUAGCAAUGUGUACGUCUGCAUUAAUGCAUAUGCUCAGCAAGGAUAGACUGAAUAUGGACCUGGAUCAGAAAAGUCUGGGACUACUAGUCAAAUUACUCUCAGUCGAUCCAAGAACAUCGCCAAGUAAAUUAAGCAAAGAGUACAACAGAACAAAAGAAAAGGUGCGGAGUAUAUACAAGAAACUUCCAAGUGCUAUGGUGAAAGGCCUUGACCUCAACAAUUUAACGACAAGUUGUCUUGCUUUAGAGUCAUUAUUGUCUUUGAUAGCUAUGAAAUCAGGUGAAUGGUUUAAAGAAGAGUUAAGGAAAGUUGAUGGUUUGGACUAUUUUGUUCACACAGUUUCCGAGUGUGUGGAGUCAUUGACAACAUUGAAUGACAGUUUAACUGAUAGUAUGAUUGAGAAAGUCUCUAAAAUGGAAAGAUGUCUACAAGUGCUUGAGAGUGUGACAUUUAUGAAUGCAGAAAACCAGGGUUAUCUCAUCACAUUUGAAAAUUUUCUAUUAGUGUCAUCUACAAUCAAAGCUCUACGAUUAUGUGAGAGGUUUGUUCAAAUCUAUGCAGUUGAUGAGGAAUCUGAUUCAAGUGAAGACAUUAGUACAAGUAAAAAACCAGGAAUUGUUAUACGAAAGUGUCUCUUAUCGGUGCUUAAAUUACUCCUGAAUUUGACACAUGACAAUGAAUGGGGAAGUACAAAAAUUGGUGAAAGAGAUGGAUUGAUACCGAUGGCAUUUUGUUGUCUUUUACAAACACCCCAGUAUUUACCCAUAGAUCAGAGAUUUGAUAUAUUAGUAUUGAGUUUGGGUCUUCUUAUCAAUUUAGUGGAACACAGUGCUAAGAAUCGUAAAGCUUUAGUGGCCACCAAUACACAGUUUUCCUAUGAUUCACAAUCAGAGAACGAGAGCUGUAAUUCAGUUGAUGAUGAUGCUGUCUCAUCCGUUGAAGCACUAGUUCAGCUAUUCUUACAACGAGAAAGAGCAGCAAAAGAAGCUGAGAAGCAGAAAGAUGCUUUUAAUGAUCCUGAGCAACUAAACGACAAGAGUGGUAAAUGGAUAGAGUCAGAAGAAGGCCUUGAAUGGGUUGUCAUUCCUGAAAAAGGUGAUAGUUCCCCACAGAAUACCAAGGAAAAGGUUAAAAAAUCAAUAACAAAAGCCCUACAUAAAGCAGGCAAGCAAAUGGAAGAUAGUAUUGUAGCAUCUUACAUUGCCCUUCUAAUUGGAUGUCUUAUACAAGAUAACAGCCAAACAUUAACGAAGGUCAAGCAGUUUCUUCCUCAAGGUGAUUUUAGCGGUAUGGUUGAAAUGCUCACCAAGUUUUUGGAUUUUAUGAGUCUCACAGUGGCUGCUGAAACUAAGGGCACCAAAUCAAUAUCUAGAGUAAUAGAAGUAUUGGAAACCAGCUAG